AUGAAGACAUCAUCAGUUCUCUCUUUAGCGGCUCUGUCCGCAACGGGCGUCAUGGCUAAGCCGAUGCCUGUGUGGACGAACAAGGUAGCUCCGCGGGAUAUCGACGGUAUAAAAUCGAUUGUUGGGAAGGUCUCUGAUGCCAUCGCGAAACUCGAUGGAUCCGUUAAAGCCUUCGAUGGCUCUGACAUUAAAGGCGUAGAGAACGACGCGAAGGACCUCGUCAAAUUCCUCACAGAGGGCGGAAAGGAGCUAACUAGCGGCGACGGCGAGCUCUCGUUGGUCGACGCGGUAGGAUUGACGGAAGUCGUGACACCGCUAGGCCCCGCGGCCGAGGGCCUGCUCAAUGAUGUGACGGAUAAGAAGAAGGAGUUCGAGAAGUGGGCGCUAUGCUCUGUUGUUGGUGGUUCCGUUCAGGACAUUGGGGGUGCUGCUAAGUCUCUCGUCGACGGCAUCGUUAGCCAGGUUCCAGAGGAGGGACGUGACAUCGCACAGGGCGUUGCCGACCAGGUCGUGAACAAGCUCUCCAGCCUAGUCGGCGAAUUCGCCCCUGACAAGUGCAAGGAUGCGAAGGAAACCCCAAAGCCUUAUGACGACAGCAAUGUCACCAUAGAGACUACUAUCACGACCACCACUCCUUGCUCAACUCAUCCUACAGAGACUCCUACCGAGACUCCCUCUACUACGCCGUGCGACGAAAACACAACCGUGGAGAUCACCAUAACCACCACGACACCUUGCAGUUCUACCGAAACCCCCAAAGAGACUCCCCCGCCGAAGGACACUCCUAAGGAGACAACAACUCCUAAGGACACCCCGAAGGAGACUCCGCCACCGAAAGAGACCCCUAAAGAAAGCAGCACUUCAUCAGAGCAGACCUCCACGUCGACCUCUACGCCCUGUACGUCGACCUCCGAGACUCCUAAGGAAACGCCGAAGGAAAGCACCCCCCCGAAGGAUACUCCUAAGGAGACCCCACCGCCCGAGGAAACCCCCAAGGAGACCCCGCCGCCCAAGGACACUCCUAAGGAGACUCCCCCUGCCGUCAUCAAGAGCACCGUCACCGAGACCGCACCCUGCCCAUGCGAGACCGAGUCUACCACCACCCCCGUCGAGAUGGUAACCGUCACAACCACGCCGCCCUGCUCGACUUCUUCCAUGGUCACUUCUUCCAUGGUCACCCCGCCUCCGCCACCCCCAGCACCGGUCACCACCCCGAUCGUCAGCGCAAACACAACCACCACGCCCAGCCCCACCGGCUCAGUCUCUAAGCCGGCCAUCCCCAUCGCCACCGGCGGCGCCGUCGCUCAAGUAGCCAGCACGGGCGCUACCAGCUUAUUCGCCGCAGUUCCUGUGCUAGUACAGGGCGAGGCAGUUGAUGUUACCGGCGGCAACGUAGUCGGGGCCGAUGUAAUCUCUGGGCAUGGAGGAGGAGGAGGCUGA